UCCAUUCACUUCCCUUCCUUCUAGUAAUUCCUCCUCUUGCAUACUGUUCUUCAUCUCCCUUAGAAUUUACUACCUUGUCUUGACCAUGUUAGCUUCCUCUGUCAAGUUAACAGAUCUCUGCGAUUUUGUGGAGAAUCCAGAUGGCUCACUCACUAGAAACAGCCCAUUUCCUGACGUACCACCAACAGAACAAAUAACUCCAGGCUCCAAAGAACUUUCGCUCUCGAAAGACAUCCCUCUAAACCCCAACAACAAAACAUUUCUUCGUUUAUUUCGCCCCCUAAAUCCCCCUCAAAACACCAAACUCCCUCUCAUUAUUUACUUUCAUGGAGGUGGCUUUGUUCUUUACAGUGCUGCAACUCUUGUUUUCCAUCAAACAUGCAGUGACAUGGCUUCUCACUUCCCCGCUCUCGUCCUGUCUGUUGACUAUCAUCUUGCCCCUGAACAUCGCCUUCCCGCUGCAUAUGAAGAUGCUAUGGAGUCUAUCAAGUGGGUCCAAAAACAAGUUUUGGAUAUCAACGGCCCUUCUUGUGAACCUUGGUUUAAAGAGUACCUUGAUUUUUCAAGGUGUUUCUUGAUGGGCAUGAGUGCUGGUGGCAAUAUUGCUUACCAUGCAAACUUGCUUGCCUUGAAUAUUGAUAUCAAACCCUUGAAAAUCAUUGGUUUGAUAUUGAAUGUCCCCUAUUUUUCUGCUGUCACCAGGACUGAAUCAGAGAAGACGUUGAUCGAUGAUCUGGUUUUGCCAUUGGCUACUAGUGAUAGGAUGUGGGCUCUGUCUUUGCCUGAAGAUACCGAUCGUGAUCAUGAGUAUUGCAAUCCCAUUGGUGGCGGGUCUCUUGAAAAGAACAAAAUCGAACGGCUGCCGAGGUGUUUCUUUAGAGGAUACGGUGGGGAUCCACUUGUUGACAAGCAAAAGGAACUGGUGAAGAUGUUAGAGUCGCGUGGAGUGGACGUGGUUGCGAGGUUUGAUGAGGAUGGCUUCCAUGGUGUGGAGGUUUUUGAUCCUGCAAAAGCCAAGGCUUUGUAUGACUAUGUUAAAGAAUUUGUUUACACAACUGUUUAAUGAUCAUAGUGUUGGCUACGUACAUCAACCGUAAGUAAGGUGUCUGGUUUGAUCAGUACUGUUUGUCUUGAUUAUAUGCAAGUCGCUUGAUCACACAUGAACCCUUCCGGUGCGUGAGAAUAACACUGGUGCUGUCGAAACCACCCAUGCUAGCUUUGUAAUGGAGUUGCCUUUUCUUGUAAUAAAUUUUGUAUAGAAAAGCAAUAAUAAUAUUAUCAUUGAAAAUA